AGGUGACUGGACCUGAACAGAUGGUGACAGAGAGAGAGAAGCAGCGACGAAUGUAGAUGACAAACGAUUAUUCUCAAGCAGUCAUAGAAGAGGUUCCUUACAACAGGCACAGCAGAGCGCAUGCGAGCAUAUUUGAGUUAGCAGCAUUUAAGGUUAGAGAAAGUUACUUAUUAAAAUUCGGGAUAAACUCAAAUCCAUUUAUUUCAAAGGAGUAUACUAUAAGGGUGUAAUAGCAGGACCGAAGAAGCGUGUACGGAAAGCGAGCAAGUAAGGAGACGAAGCGUCUGGACAGUGUAAAGUCAAGGGAGGAUAGGUAGGCAACAUAGUUACCAGCCGAUAGCCUGAUCUAGUUCUGAACGGUUUUGUUACAAGACUAACUAAGACUGGAUAUUGGCGGGAGAAGAGCCAACGGGAAUUAAUGAUCACAGUGCAAAAUAUUUUAAGUAACCUUUGAGCGUCAACGUUGGAAGUUACCUAAUGGCGCAUUUGGGGAGCAAAGAGCACAGAUGAGACGCAUCAAAUUGGUUCAAAAUUCAGCUCCAGCUCUGAAAGCUGAGUUCACGUUCAAACAACAUUGGAUUAAGAAUCGUAUAUCGGAAAGUCUUACAUAUUGAUUUCGGAUUUAUAGUGAUUAUAUUUAGGCUAUGGAUCAGAGGCGAGGGUUCUGAAAACGUGUCCAGCACGCCGAGCGGCUUCUAAAUAUCUGCUGUUGCUUUCCACACCGACCACAGCAUCGCAACACCAGCAAACACCGACGAAACCAACAGCUGUUGUCCCAACUUGGAAAAGACAUGCAAAAGAUGCACAGGAAGGUUAACCUGCUGUGGGUAGUCUUCUUGACGAUGACUCAGGUGUCAAUAAAGAGCUUCCCCACCAACAGUCACAAAAGUGCAGUCCCUCAGGACAGAAGCACUGCGACCACGGAGGCUAGCCCGGGUGGCGAUGUGGGUGAGACUCUGGAGGACCUCCAGCAGCAGAACCAGCUCCAGAGCCUGGCAUCAUCCAACCCAUCCUCUCAGAGACCCCGACGCCGUGGCUGGUCCCAGGGGGUUCUGCCCAAACCAGAACCAGAGGAGGACCCAGAACCCUUCAUCCUGGACCUCAGGAACUUCCCUGAGCUGGCCAACGUAGACCUGGGAUCUCACAACCCUAAUAUACAGGUGACCAUCGAGGUGGUGGAGGACCCACAGACAGAGAUGGAGAUGGACCUGGCCAAGGAGGGGGGGGAGGGGGGCCGCAACGACUGGUCCCUGUCAUCGGAGGAGUGGCUGGGCCACAAGAAGCUGUUCUGGCCUCUGUUCUGGGAGUACCCAGACCAGGCUGAGAGCGGGCCUGGCAGCAGGGCCAGCCUAGAGGAACAGGAGCAGCCCACAGAGGACUAUAACUACAACCCUGAGGAGCAGGAACCUGUGCUUAGUGGGACUGGGGGGACUGGGGUGGGGACAGGCGUGGGGGUGGGGGGUGGCUGGGGCAGCCGCUGGAGCAGCAACAAGGGAUGGGACUCCAAGGAGAACUACGAGUACGAGGAGGAGGAGUGGAGCGCCUGGUCACCAUGCAGUGUCACCUGUGGCCAUGGCAACCAGAAACGUAUCCGUUCAUGUGGUUACGCGUGCACGGCGACCGAGUCCCGGACCUGUGACCUGGACAGAUGCCCAGAUGACCUGUUAGCAGUGACUGAGCUGAUACCUCUGGAGACAACAAAUGGCACUGACUCCCUUGACACAAACGUGGACAGCUGUGAGAAGUGGCUGAGCUGUAAGAACGACUUUCUCCAGAAGUACCUCCACCAGGUGCUGACCGAACUACCCAGCUGCCCCUGCUCCUACCCGUCCGAGGCCGUCUACAGCGCCGUCAACAUCUUCGACAAGACUCUGCGUAAGACCUACCGCUGGCGUGACGCCUCCGGCCCCAAAGAACGGCUGGACAUCUACAAGCCCUCCGCCCGCUUCUGCACACGCUCCAUGCUCUCCUUCGACAGCACCACGCUGGCCGCGCAGCACUGUUGCUACGGUGACCACAUGAAGCUGAUCACACGGGGGAAAGGGGCGGGCGCGCCAAACCUCAUCAGUACGGAGUUCUCACCCGAGCUGCAUUACAAAGUGGAUGUGCUGCCCUGGAUCCUGUGUAAAGGGGACUGGAGCCGCUUCCACUCUGUGAGGCCGCCCAACAACGGGCUGCAGUGUGCCCACAACCCCACAGAGGACGUGUACCAGGCUGAGCUAGAGGAGGCCCGUGAGUACUGAGGGAGGAGAGGGGGAGUACUGAGAUCCUGAUUGGGGAGAGACACACGUGGUUCAAAUGGCUCUUUUGGAUUUGGGCAUGGGCCACAUACUGAAUAUAUUGUGUCAACUAUCAGUUGCUUUGGGUGAAAGGAGACCUGGACAUCCCCUCCCCCUUAUUCAAUGUUUGGUCACAUUGUGGUACAGAGUUUAGUGAACACCUACAGUUUUCUAGUCAGGCUUGACCCAUCCAAAAUUGAGUCAAGUUGAAUAAUAUUUUUUCAAUUUUUUUAAUUUAUUUUUAAGUUGAAUACUCUUAUCUGGUGUGCGUGGGAAAACUCUAUGAUCGUCACGUCUUAAUGGCGCGUUGUUAUGACAUCAUCACCAUCAAGCGUUUCCUCAUUGGAUGACUCAUCAGAAUCCACCUGCCAAUUGGAAUAUGCUUUCCUGUGGCUGACUUACUGUGGUGUUACGGGAAGAGAAAAAACAACUAUUUUCUAACUGGUAAUUUAUUGCUUGUGAAAGUCCGAAUUUUGGAGAGCGUUUUUUUUUUGGGCUACACUCAAAAAACAAGAAGAAAAAAACACUGGUUUGUAAACGUUGGGAAAUUUUAAAGAGGGAGAGACUGCAAUGAGAUUGUCCUAGUUCUCUCUGACACCCCUCAACCCACCACCCCAUAGACUCACAUGUGCUGCUGCUAUUGAGAAAAUGGAUGGGGGGGAUGGGUACAGGGGGAUGGGAUGGCUCAGGGGUUGCCAUGAGCUGUUCCAGAACCCCUAAGGGAACAUGGAGGAACAUGGAUAGUGUAUUUAUUGGACUCAUAUUGGGCCUGUAUUGUAUUUACUCAAAUACUCUGAUGUCUCAUGAAAGGAAUUCCUGUCAAGCUGCUAAAAUGGGGAUGAAUUCAACACAGAAUGUUAGUUGUUGUUUGUCUUAGACUUGAAGCUCUCUCUCACAAUCUCUGUCUUCUUUCUAUCUACCUCUCUCUCCCUUCUCUCUCUCUCUCUCUCUCUCUCUCUCUCUCUCUCUCUCUCUCUCUCUCUCUCUCAAUCUCUCUCUAUUUCUCUCCCAAACGCUCUCUCUCUCUCCUGGCCCCACUCCAGUCGGAAGAAAAAAAACAGACUGAUCAAGCACAGGCCCAAGAUGCAUUGUGCUUUUCUUACUUUCUUAUUUCAAGUCAAGCCACACAUUUCUUUGGAGAUGUUGACCCCUAGAACUCUAUUGUGUUAUUCAUCCAGUCAUAUCCAGUAUCAGAGGACCAGAUACUCAUCCUCCUGAGCCAUUUAGCCGUAAUGCUCCGUCAGAUAAAGUUGCAUUGGGUCAUGGUUAGCUAAUCCUGGGGGAAACAUAGAAAAUACAUUGUUGAAGGUCUCUCUGUCGCUCUCUCUCUCUUUCUCUCUCUCUCAUCGACAGACAUACUGCUUGUUUUCCUCCUAAGGAUUGCUCCAUCGUUUAAUCUGAUCCAUAAUUGAAUCGUAUUGAGAUGUUUUCCUUUUAUCGCCUGUUAACAAGUCACGGUGUUGCAUUCCUCGCAAUCCGAGACACCCGGAGAGACAGUCAUAGAUUUGCCGGUGGAGAGGGAGAGAGGAAAACCCUUGGUAGGGGGCCUUGAAAGGAGAGAGACACUUGGACUCUCCAGGGGUGAGGGGGAAGAUGGAGUGAGGCUGGAGGUAGGUGCAGGAGAGGGCUGAGGGGAGGGGUGUCUGGGCUCAGUUGAUGCAUGGAGGUCCUUUCUCCAGAGAGGAGUGGGAGUUGAGCAGAGGGGAAGUGGAGAGACAUCUCUGUAAACAGUGGAACCCUUUGAAGAGCUCUCCCCUUCACUGGUGUCCAAGACCUGCUGCCUCUCCCCCUCCACCCUGUCUUGAUGCCUGGUGUUGUUUUAAGGUCUUAAUCCUAACCCUGGUUAUCAGACUGAGUGCCAUUGAGAGAUGUUGAGGCUGAACACGUCCUGAAAGAAUAGUGUUGAUGGACAGGUCUCCCGCUCCACACUGCAAUGACAACAGCAGAAACAACACACAACCUUUGGUGUUACACACUCGGUUACUCUCUCUUAUUUUUUUUAGCAGAUGCUCUUAUCCAGAGCAACUUACAGUAGUGAGUGCAUCCAAUCGUUAUACUUUUUCAUACUGGUCCCCCGUAGGAAAUGAAUCCACAACCCUGGCAUUGCAAGAGCCAUGCUCUACCAACUGAGCCACACAGGCCUUAUCCUCUGCUUCCCUUUUUUUAUACUCUAAUAUUGCAGCCAGGUCACCCGUGAUACAAGUCCAUGUUCGAUGUCCAUCCACAUCUGACGAUGUCGGGAAAUUAUGUGUAAACCGGCCACUAGGAGCAAUAGUGAGCACUGUUACCAAAGUAGGUUUUUGGUUUUGCUAUGGUGUUGUGUUGUGUUGUGUUGUGGACAGGGAUUGGGUGUUGCAAGUUUGCAAGUUCAGAGCCAGCAAUGGAAAGUAUUUUUGUUUUGAAGGGUAUCCCAAACCUUCAAACUUACCUUAACCAUUCAGAGUUACUGCCUAACCUAAGAAUUUGGAGUUAAUGCCUAAGCUUAACCUUAAACACUUUGAAAUUUGACAUUUGGAACAACUUCUAAAUUUGACGUUUAAGAAACAUGGAUGAAAGUCUAAUUUUGACGUGAGACUGUGGGAGCCGGUAGCUUGCUUGCUCCUUUUCUCCUUCCCUCCCUCUCUCUCUCCCUCGCCCUCAUCCAUGCCCAUUCAUAGCUGACUCAAGUUGGCAUAGGGGAAUUCUCUGUAGGUUGUCAUCGGGCCGUCACUAAAGACAAACACAGACACACACACACACAGAGUCAGGCAGCCCUCCAGUAAUUCCCUCAACAUCCUGCACUCUGCCAUAUCGAAGCCAGUUAAGCGAAUAGCGUUUAGAAACUUCACAGAGAUCCCAAUUCAUCAAGAUGCCAAUCACAAUAAGAACACAGAGGGCUGUAGUAGUUGGACUCAGACACACUGACGAACAUAAUAUGAGAAGAGCGUUACAGCCUCUGGUAUGAACAACGUUUUUUUCCAUCAAAUUCUCUCAGAUGAAACAGCAGUAUGACAUGCGUUCUCCUUCAGCUGUUGAGACACGGUGCUGGUAACAUUUGUCCACAUUCUCUGAUCAAAGCCUUGCCAUUUUUCACCCUUUUUUCCACCUUAACCCCCCCUUCGGAGGACACAAAUAUAUUUUUUGUUUUUUACAGCAUUUCUGCUGUACAUACAUUGCACAUAUACAUACAUUGCACAUAUAGAUUUUACAUACAUGGUACUUUUAUAUAUAGCAAUCACAUGACAAUAAUACAUUACCGAACAUGAGCUCUUUAAUCCCACCCCUCAGCCACUCUCAGCCCAUCCCACCUAUCACCGCAGACCACCCUCGUUUGGUUUCCAUGUGCCAUAUAUUUUUCAAUUGUGCUGUGAUGUUUUACAUGGAUUUUGAAGAUUUUAAUCACAUAGUAUCCAAAGCCUUGUCAUUGAAUGUGAUGUGUUCCUAUGGACUCAAACUGCCUUGACCAUCACAUUGUUGCUUCAUAUCACUACCAAACACACAGCCAAGUGAACACAGACAAAGUAAUGCAGUGAUUCAUAUGAGGAGUGUACGUUGGGAUAUGACCAGUUAACCAUCCACAGUCCCUGGAAGAUAUCCAUUACUUCAUGCCAGACACAGUCAGAAUGGACUCAAUUAAAGAGGGAAUUUGUCCCAAAUGGCAGCCUAAUGCCUAUAUAGUGCACUGUAUUGGACCAGAACCCUAUGGGCAGGGCCCUGGUCAAAAGUAGUGCGUUAUAAAGGGAAUAGGGUACUACUUGGGACGAAGUCCCUCUUUAAUUGAGUCCAUUCUGACUGUGUUUGGCAUGGAGUAAUGGAUACCUUCACACUACACUUGGUUCAUCUUCCAUUGGGGCCCAGCUGUGAAAACCCCCUGAAUCCUCAUGGCAUUAACAGCUCAGACUCACACUGCUGCAUGGCUCUCUAGCCUGCCUGCUGCUGCCUCAGGUUUCACCAUCACAUUACACUACACUACACCCACUACACCCAGUGGAGGCUGCUGAGGGGAGGACUACUCGUAGUAAUAAUGGUUUUCAUGUGUUUGAUACCAUUCCAUUCACUCUAUUCCAGCCAUUACACUCCAUUCCAGCCAUUAUUAUGAGCUGUCCUCCCCUCAGCAGCCUCCACUGACCCUCACAGCAUAUCUCUCUGUCCUAGGAAUGUACUCUGUGGGGUGUGUAUGCACAUGCAAGCGUGUAUGUUUUUCAGAGGACCUCUAGGUUCUGAAUGAUUGUGUUUCUAAUGCUAUCUAGUCACGGUGUGUGUAUUUCUAAAGGGCUAGAGGGGCCUAGUCUAUAUUCAGUAGAUCAGUGGCGGUUGGUGCCAUUUAAGAUUAGGGAGGACCUUUUUUUUAUGCGCAUAGACUUAUUUCUAUUAAAGCAUAUUGGAUGACUGUCAUUCAUAUUCCAUUCAAUGUAACAUGAAUAGGUUUAGGCUACAUGAUACUUGAAUUUUCCAUAUAUCUAUCAUGAGGUUGCUACAACCUAGUCUAUGAAUGAAAGUUUCUAACAGAUCGAGAGACAAAUUGGAGUAAUCAAGGUGACAGACAGUGACACAUUCAAUACCGCCUUGCACACUCUUGCCUGAAUAUAGCUAAUCUAGGGUGUAAUCAUUAGUCCAAACAGCUGCAAACGAGAAUUUCUAUUGGACAAAUUCAGGUAGGUUUAUCCCCGUUUCGUUCCGUUUAUUUCCGUUUAAGAAACGUUUUUCAACAGAAUCGUCGGAAUGAAUACACCCCUGAUCCCCCGCACACACAGUUCACUUUCAUAGCAGCCACAUACAAACAGAAUCAUCACUUUGCUCAUUGUAUAAUUCCUUCUCGCAUCUACGUGCUAUCCUCCCCUCACCUUUUCCCUUUCAGUGCACAACAGCUGUCUGUGGCCAUGCAAAAUUAAACUUUCCAAGCCAAACCUUCAUACCAUAAUCGCUAACCACUACACACAGCCUACAUCGUUGUCAUCAUAUUAGCUAACGUCAUAGUCAACAUAGCUGCUAGAACUAACGUGUUAGUAAACCCUCUACAAUCACGCAGUACAGUGUACAUCAAGCAGUUUAGCAGUUACACCGGCGGGCCUCGUGGCAAUAAAUUAAUUAAACCGCUUACCUUGACUUAGCCAGAUAGCUAACAUAAAUAGCAUGCUUCUGUUUGUGCCGGGUGUUUGAGCAGGCUAAAUUAGCUAACUGAAUUAGCUAGCUAAGUAAAUGAAAGUAAAAAGAAAAUGAAAAAUAAGAAAUAGAGCUAGCUCUCGCUCUCUUUGCUGCUUCUCCUUAAUUUUUGCACUCAACAAAAAAAAGGCAGUGAAUGAUUUCUUAAAGAUCACUCUAAUCCAUUGUUCUAGGUUUUGUAUUGAAGUCAAUGUACCCAGAGGAGGACGGAAAAUAGCUGUCCACCGGCUACACCAUGGUGCUACCCCAGAGAGUGCUGUUGAGGCUACUGUAGACCUUCAUUGCAAAACAGUGUGUUUUAAUCAGUUAUUUGGUGACAUGUGAAUAUAUUUAGUAUAGUAUCAUCUUAAAAGGAUAACCUUUAGAACUUUUCACUCUUUUCCAUGAAAUGACUGAGAAGGAUGGUCCUCCCCUCCUCUGAGGAGGAGCCUCCGCUGUAGUAGAUAGAUAUCUGUGUAUGUGUGUUCUGUAGGAGUGCUGAGUAAAGUAUGGCUACAGAGGAAAAGGGAGAGAAGGAGAGAGAAGAGGAAAAGAGAGAGGGAUGGAAUGAAGGCUGGCUAUCAGAACUGUUUCUUAGAAAGUAUUGACAUUGGCCUGAUUCUCAAAGUUCUUUUAUUUUGAAAGCAAGCCAGGGCCACCUCUCCCUCUUGCCCUCUCUCUUUCUCUGUACAGUGUUUCUGUACAGUAUGAAACAGACUAUUUUUCAAUGGCAACUGUUAAAUCCACUCAGCACAGUAUGAAUUGCUUGACUCUUUUCCAUGUACCUUACAGAUUCUGUCUCAUUGUUGGACCUUUUACCUAUUUAGCAAAGGGAAAUGUUAAGGUGAUAGAGCUUGUGAGAAGGGAAUAAAGUGCAACGAUUAUACAAUGAUUGUGUUUACUUUUCUUCCAAACCAAUGGGGUGAUGAUGAUGCAAAACCAUCUGUUUUAAAGUUCAUGGGUUUAUGGGAGAAAUGUUCCUAGUACACUGCAGUUGGCAAUGUGUUUCAUUGUGCUAUUUAUCAUUGGCCAACUUCAAUGCUGUUUCUCAAUUCGAAACAUUCUUUGUUGUUUUUGUCAUGGAAAAAAUACUUUAGUCUUUUUGGAGCUGUCUCGUCUUGGCCUUACAUUUUAAAGUUUACGUUGCAAACCUUUUUUUAUCAGGAAUAUUUUCUUUUGAAAAGAUAAGGUAUCAUUUUUGUAAACAUGUUUUUUUUUAAGAAAGGCACUUUAUUUAAAAGCAUAAGUAAAUAAUAUACAUGUAUAUACAAACUCAUAAUGAAAUAUAUACUGUAUGUAAUACACAGUGCAGUGUACCAACAUCUUUGUAAAUUGUUCCGUUUUUAUAGCUAAUUGUAAAGGGUAUGUACUUUUUUCAGCAUAUGUCAUGUUUUUUAUCUCGGUCUUAGAUACAUUUUUUGUAUAGUAUUUAUUGAAAUGAAUCGUAUGAAGAUGCACUAUUGAGAGCAUCCCCAAUGUGGUCUCUGUUACAUGAAAAGGGAAGGUGUUCACUCUAUACCAGUGUUUCUCCCAUUGAUAUAGAACAUUGAUACACCCCUAGUAUGUGGACUGUUACUGUUUCUAACCAGUCCCUCAGAUGGUUAGCUAACAACGAUUGAAUCAGUUCUCAAUUGCUAGUGUUAGGCCUAGAUUUGCUAGAUCCGUGUUAGCUCACUUUACAUUUAAAGGUCAUUUAUAUUGAGACGACAUCUGCAGCGUUUACCUUGAUGCGAUCUUCACUUAAUCGGUAACAUUGCCUUUAAUAACAGCCGUAAUCUCAGAGAUCACAUAAAAGGUUGAGAAACACUGCUCUCUAACACCACACCACACCAUGUAACUCUCAAUCAAACAACUGCUCAGCAUUCUUCUCUGUGACUUAUAAAUGUGCUGUGACAAAAUAUAAUAAAUUUAACUUUGCCACAA